AUGACGACCUAUACCACGGCCAUGGAACGAGGAUCGAUUGUCCAAUGUGAUAUGGAGGCCCCGACACGGUCGUCCUGGUACCGGCAAAACGCCUCCGGCAUCCGCUGGUUCGCUUAUGUCAACGGUGUUUGA